UGCAUUUCGCCAUAAUACGAUUCAUAUUUCGAUUUAAGGUAUAAAUAACAAUUUUCGCUUUAGUUUUAAAGUCGGGAAAGAAUCAUUUCUCAGCCUGGGCUACAUGUGUGACGUAUAGAGUAUAAGGUUAAUGCAUAGUUCUCCUGCACAUUUGUCAUCCCUCAUAGAAUACAGACAAGUAACUUGAGACAUAUGCUCUAGCAUAUUGUACAUCAUUCUUAUUGCUGCAUCUCAUCUUGUGUUUUUAUGCAAUAAAGCAAGAGACAUUACGGAACAUACGAUAUUUCUCGCAGUUCCGAUGGACAGGGAGAAUAAUAUAUAAAUAUCAUUCAAGGGAAAUAUAACAAUGUGCGUAAAUGUACAAGACGACACCCCUCAACGGUUGCAAGUAGGACAACUUUCACAAUUACAAUAUUCACAAGAACAGAAGAGAAUGUGUAUUUUAUAUUAUAAUAAAUGGUUAAACGAGCUCAUGUCGAUUUUUAUAAGUGUUUUAGCUUUAGAAUAAAAGUCAGAAAAGAAUAGUUUUUCAGUCUACAUGUGAUGUAUUGAGUAUAAGGUUAAUAUGUAGUUUUUCCGCACACUUGUCAUACCUCGCAGUAGCCUGGCAAAUAGCUUGAGAAAAUAUAGGUACCUACCCUAAGUACAUUAUACAUCAUUCUUAGUGUUACUCGUGUCUUGUUUUUUUUUAUGUAACAAAGUGAAAGACCUUACGGAAAAUAUUAUGUUCUUCGUUCGUCUUCCGGUGGACAGGAAGACGUACAAAUGUUUUAUUCAACAGGCAUAUAACAAUGUGCACGAACGUAAAAGACGACAUCCCUCGAUGAUGAAGUAGGGAAACUUUUACAAUUAUAGCAUUCACAAGAACGGAACAGAACGUACAUUUUAUAAUAUAAGGGUUAAACGACUUCAUGUCGAUUUUUUAAUGGCCGUAAUUGACGGUACUAAGGGUUGACAAGAUGUUGAAGUGGGUAAAACUAUACAUAGUCUCUCGUAAGACAUGCUCGGUUACAUUUAAAUAAAAUUUAUUGACCCCUAACGAUAAUAAAAUAACAUGUUCUAUCAGUGUUAGCAUUUGUUGUAUAAUUCUGUUGCAUUAGUAGGCACAAUUUUGAGAAGCCAAUAUUCUGAAAAAGGUGUGAUAAAUGCUUACAAAUAGUGCUUUGUGGUUGUACUUAUACACGCAAAUCAUACGUUGCAUUACAUUUAAAUAAGGUCGUCUGAUUUUCAACGCACGAUAAUGUUCUAUGCAAUCUGUAUGUAAGACGAAUAAAAUUUGCCGCAAUGAGAUGGUUACAUUCGGUAUUUAAUGUGCAAUUUAAACAUUAGUUUGUGGAAUUUACUAAUAGUGUAAUCUACAGUGUUAUUUUACUUGCUUGUAUUAAAUUCGGUUUUUCUUAUAAUUAUCUUACGCCUGGGGACAUUUAAUUGACAUAUUUAAGAAAAGAUGUUUUCGAAAUGCCUUAAACCACUUUUUUAGAUACAUUACACGUGAAGAAAGAGAGCCAGAUAUGGAAAUUCUCUCUUUAAAUUUUUUAAUAUACACCGUUGGUGGUGUAUGGCGACCUGUUGAGUGGUCAUCGAGUGGUGCCAAACUGCUGUACAGUGUAUUUACCAUUAUUAUAGUAACUUCGCAAUACUUUUUGGUGAUAACUCAAUUUAUGGAUAUUAUUUUUGUUGUUAAUAAUAUCGAUGAUUUUGCCACUAAUACUCUAAUGUUCUUGACUAUUGUUGCCGUUUGUUGUAAAGCGACUGUCGUUGUGGUACGUCGGAAUGCAAUCAUCAACUUGGUGCAAAUAUUGUUGAAAGCACCACAUAAACCUCAAGACGAGGAUGAAAUAGCAAUACAAACAAAGUUUAAUAAGUUCAUUAGAUCGUGCUCGAUAAAAUAUUCACUUUUGGCGACAGGCUCCAUGACAGGUCUCACUCUAGGAUCAAUAUUAAAUGUUAUGCAUGGCCAUUUACCUUAUCGAAUAUGGCUGCCAUGGGAUUACAAUAUACCUACAAUGUUUUGGGCUAUAUCUAUUCAUCAAAUAAUAACUUUAAUUUUCGCCGCCAUCAUAAAUGUUGGCACAGAGACCCUGGUUUUCGGAUUGUUUAUACAAACGUGUGCCCAGCUUGAAAUUUUUGAAAGUCGUCUUCAAAAAUUCAUAAUUAAUAAAACAGUUAGAUGUCUGAGACAUACACUUUCGACGUCGCACAAUAAAAACGAAAUAGAAUUAUCGGGGUGCAUACAUUAUCAUCUUAGCAUUUGCAAAUAUGCGAAAACAGUAAACGACGUAUUCAAUCAAGUGUUCUUUGUCCAGUUCUUUGGUAGUAUACUGGUGUUAUGUACAAGUGUAUAUUAUCUAUCAAUGCAUAUUAAAGAACUGUCUGCAAUUGCGAAUUUAUUAGUGUACACCAUCUGUAUGUUUGCACAAAUCUUCGUUUACUGCUGGUCCGGAAACGAAGUCAUUCUUAAGAGUACGAGCAUAGGAGAUUCUAUCUAUCGCACGGAUUGGCCAUUACUAUCUAUUAACGAGAAAAAAGGAUUGCUGAUGAUUAUGAUACGUAGCACACUUCCUAUAAAGUACACUAGCAGCUUCUUGAUAACUUUAUCUCUUGAGUCUUACAGUAACAUCUUAAAAACGUCAUAUUCAGCAUUUAACGUAUUACAAAAGUGAAAUCUGAAUAAUAAUGUAGUUUUUGAUAAAUUAGCGAUUCUAAACCUUAUAAAUUUGGUUUGCACACAUCCUUACUUCAGCUUUAUUCCCUAUUCCGAUUAUUCAAACAUUGUAAUAAGCAGGCACGCACGCAUUAAGUGUAACUAUAUGUAAUACAGUUUAAUACACACGAUAACUUGUUUUGACAUAUAUAAAGAGAAACUGAUUUAAGUCGAGCG